GUGUAUGCGUGAUCAAAAUGAUUCUACCUCAUCAGAGCAAUUCUCGAAUCUCUCCACCAAGCGAGGAUGAGAACCCGGAAGAGCUCUCGCAGAUGCUCGCGGGGCGACCGUAUCAUUCAUGGGAUUCAUACAUAGGUCGUAUUCGAGAUGCUCAAGCAAGGGAAGUUUGGGAGAUUAAUCAAAUAAUCGAUAUGGAACCUAGGAUGAAGGCGAUGAGAGACUUUAUAUAUAUGGGGGAUCAAGUCUGGAUAGCUCAAGGAUUCUUUUGCGAAUAUGGAUUCAACAUCACCAUUGGUGAGGAGGUGUUUAUUGGCGCGAAUUGCACCUUGCUUGAUGUCUGUCCUAUCAAAAUAGGUUCACGUACAAUGCUGGGCCCAAAUGUCCAGAUUCUCACUCCUGCUCAUCCCGUCAGUCCUGAAGAGAGAAAUGGUCUAAAGGGGAAAGAAUGGGCGAAACCCGUCACUAUAGGGAACGACUGCUGGCUGGGAGCUGGAGUGACUGUGUGCCCUGGGGUUACCAUUGGUGAUGGUGUGACUUUAGGAGCAGCGAGUGUUGUGACGAAAGAUGUACCUAGUAGGUCAUUGGUCGUAGGUAAUCCGGGUAGAGUGAUCAAGGAGAUCAAAGCGGACGGUACACUUGAGCCUGCCUGCUGAGGUCGUAUAACCAUUACCAAAUAUUAACCAUUACUAAAUAUUAUACCGUGAGUGUAUAUUUGUAUAUCUAUAUCUAUAUCCAUCCAUGUCUCCAUCUAUGCAAGCGCUAUC